CGUGCCGUGGACGUUGAUCACAACAUACCCAGCUUUGGCAGGUCCAAAUUCAAGCUUGGGGAGGAGCCUAAAAUGUGGUUGGGUAGUAACAACGUGCAGGCCCGGAAGAUUCCUCUCAAACAUUUCCCUCGUCAGCUUUGGAGCUCACAUACUUGUCACAGAGGACAGUUUUAAUGGAAUAACACCAUUUUACUCCUGAGAAUGUCGACUGAAACGUCCACUGUAAAUGAUAUCCCGGAACUUCAUCGUCGUGAUUUUGCAGAGUCGCAAAAUCGGAGGUAUCCCCCCUAUCCUGGCAGCAUUCAUUCUCCAAGGCUAACUGAACAGCUCUAUGGCAACCAGCGGGUCAGGCCCAUACAGUCGAUGCUCAGGCCUCGACCCCACAGCCACGGUGCGCCUCCAGUCAGACGUCAUGAAGUACCUGCACCUCCAGCGGCAGCUGAAGUGGACGACUGCGAACGCCUGGGGACAUUCUUCGGCGAGGUGAACAAGUGCCUGCGACAAAUAGGAUUUACCCAGCUGUACUUUGGAGAGAAGAUUGUGGAGCCAGUGGUGUACUUGCUCUUCUGGGUGCUUAUCUGGUUUCUGGGCAUCCAGGCGCUUGGCCUUGUGGGAACUCUGUGCAUUGUCAUAAUCUACAUGCAGAAGUAACACUCCACCAGAUACUGCAAGAAUGAUCAGAGAAAUGUGGCACAUAAUCUGCAGGGACUGCCUCCGUGUGCUUGUGUGAGAGAGAUUAGGAUACUUAAUGCCUAAUACACAAAAUGCCUACCUAAUGGCCAUGAAGAUAGGAGAAUAAUUAUAUUCAAUACUUUUUACUAUUUUUUUUCUACCUGGAAUUUAUAAAGGCACAGUCACGUGUGUACCAUAUGAAAAAAAUCAGGGAGAAGCUUAUUUUUCAUGCAUGUGUGUAUUGUUGUAAACGUGAGGGGAGCGUUAUGCAAUGCAUAUGACGAGCAUGAAUGUUUAUGAAGUACACUGCACUCAGUAUUCAUGGCAAAACAACAAGCAGAUCUAUCACAAAUUGUAUCCAUUUUGAGCUUCAAUGUCGUUUGCUUCGUCACAGUCAAAUCAUUCCCGCAGUCUUCCUGCAUUCCCACAGUUCCACCGACAGGGGGUGCUGUUUCACCCGGACAGUGUCUAUGGGAACACACGCUAGAAUUGUUUCUUCCACCUUAUUUUUUUUAUUCUGAUCAUUUGACUAAUUUAGGCUAUUUUACUUGAAUGCAUGCUGGUCCUGUUUUGAGUGGCAUUGCUUGACAGUUUGAAUGAACUAUUGAAUGGUGAAAUGGCAGGAUGUAACACUGGGAUAAAUACUCAGUAGAAUGUCAAGCUUUAUCUUUUUUGUUGUGGAGGGGAUUGAAAUUUAAGUCACGGUUGUUGAUAGCCACACUGUAUACACUAUUCAGGUAACAAUGCAAAACAUUUUUAACAGUGUUUAUUAAAAUUAAAUGUUGGAAUACUGGCUCUUGAAUAACAUCAUAAUGCCAAGUUGUGCUAUAGAGUUGCAAUGAUGGGGAUUUAAGAUAAUGUAGGUGUCGGAAUUCUGACUUUUUCCAAAGUUCAAGUAAUUCAUUGUUAUGGUGCCUGACUAAUAUUUCCCGCUAGCUGCUUGUUUGCUUACUAGGAACAUGUAUUAUGGUUUGAUAACAGUUAAAGCACAGCCAGUGUGGUAGGGAAGUCGGAACCAGCUUUAGCAGAAUCAACUGUAGCAUUGUUGCUUUCUCCUAUAUCUGGUUUUAUUUAUUUCUUUUAUGACGUUUGGUGUGUGAUAAGACUAAUGAAUUGUUGCACAGAAUAUGCCAUGCUGUGUGCCAUAUCAAAGAAUCCUGAAUGAUUUAUUUUGUUUUCGCCUUUUUCCUUGAGUUUUACACAUCAGUAAAAUAUGGUAGUUUUUUUUUUAAAUGGAGAUGAAAUACACCAAUGUUAUGCAUAUCUGCAAUAGAAAUUAUAUUGAAUGCACUUUUGAAAAUAAACAAAUGUUUUGUAUUAUA